AUGACUAAUGGACAACCAAACCAUCUUAAUCAAGCUUCUAGCUCGAGUACAUCUACUAAAGCUGAAAAACGAAAAGGGUAUAACAAAAGAUAUUAUGCUGCACGCAAAGAAAAUAACAAAGUCCCCAAAUUUGGGAGUGGUGAGGUCUCCCAAAGUGCUUCAUCGCUAUCUUUAAUGAGUAAUAGAUCAACAGAAAGGACACCGUUAAGAAGUUUACAGACUAAUAUUACUCAAUUUACCCAAAUGACAAACGUGAACGCGUCAAGUAUUUCUACCGUGAGACGUAAGGAGUACAAUGGAAUGCAUAUUUCAAACGGUAGUCAAAUUACAUCAACCCCGACCAAUGAUGUUACGCCGACAACCACAUUCCCCAAUGUAGUUGAUGAAGUCACUACCAGAACAUCACGAGGUGUUCGAAUUCAACCACGUACACUUUUACCUCAAUUUUCUGAAGUAGUUGAUCAACCUUCCUUCCAAAAUGAGAAUGUAGAAGAUGAUCCAUAUAACUUUGUUUACGAUCAUUUACCUAGAGAACAUCGUGUUUUAAAAGAACGUGGUGCAUGUCCUGAUUGUGGAGCAAAACGUUUUCAAUUUGAAUUUGAUACCUUUUGUUGUAUGAGUGGGAAAAAUGUGUUAGCAAAUUCAGAAAUUCCAGAGGAAUUGCACCGACUUUUCACAUCGCAAGAUGAAAUUGGAAAUAUUUUUAGGCAAAACAUUCGUGCUUAUAACACGAAUUUUUCUUUUGCCUCAAUGGGAGUGACGUUGGAUGAUACAUUGAACAAUAUGAGAGACGUUGUAUAUACUUUUCGUGCACAUAGAGGAAUAUAUCACAAAAUCGACCAAUUAGUUCCGAGGGAUGGAACCCCUAGGUCUGAAUAUAGCCAAACUAUUCAGCCGUACUUCAGUUGUUACGAUCCAUUGUCGUAUCCUCUAUUUUUUCCUAAUGGUGAGUCGGGUUGGCAUGCAAACAUACCACGUCACGGAGUAUCAAUAAAUGAGGUUCGCAACAAUGACAACAUCGAAGGAGAAAUGGAAGAGGCUAACACACAAAGUGGUAGAACAACCGUGGCUAUGCGAGAGUACUACAGUUACAAGUUCCAGAUUCGAUCUACCGAAAACGUGCUUCUGUUCGGUGGUAGACUGCUACAACAGUUUGCGGUAGAUGUUUACAUAAAAAUAGAGACGUCACGCUUAGAAUUUUGUGAGAGAAACCAGGCUAAGAUACGGGCCGAUUUGUACCAAGGUCUUGUGGAUUGCGUCAAUGAUGGUGAGGUUCAUGCAAACAGAGUCGGGAAAAGAAUUGUGUUGCCUGCAUCUUUCAUCGGAGGGCCUCGCGACAUGCGACGUCGGUUUCUAGAUGCGAUGACUUUAUUUCAAGACGACGGCAAGCCUGAUAUGUUCCAUACAAUGACGUGUAAUCCUAAGUGGCCUGAGAUAUGUGAUAAUUUACAUGUUGGUCAAACUGCACAAGAUCGUCCAGGCCUUGUUUCAAGAGUGUUCCGGGGUAAAUUAGAAGAUCUUAAGGAACAACUCUUCAAGAAACAUAUCCUUGGGGAAAUUAAGUCAUACGUUUAUGUCAUCGAAUUUCAAAAGCGUGGUUUGCCGCACGCACAUUUUCUCCUUAUUAUGUACCCGCAACACAAGAUCAAUAACGCGGACAAUUAUGAUAAGGUUGUGUGUGCUGAAAUUCCUAACAAAAAAAGACAUCCCAAAUUGCAUGAGAUGGUUAUCAAACACAUGAUUCACGGUCCUUGCGGCAAUUUACGAUUAAGCAAUCCUUGUAUGCAGGGUGAUCCUAAAAUUUGUCGUUUUCACUAUCCUAGACAAUUUAAUGAACAGACAACACAAGGAGAGGAUUCGUAUCCGUUGUAUCGAUGGAGAGACACCGGGAUAGAAGUGGAUGUACGAGGAAAAACACUUGAUAAUAGAUGGGUGGUCCCAUAUAACCCAAGGCUUUUGAUGAUGUUUAACUGCCACAUCAAUGUUGAAGUUUGCUCAAGUAUAAAAUCUGUGAAAUAUCUUUUUAAAUAUGUUUAUAAAGGACAUGACAAACAGGUUAUUCAAGUUGAUCAAAGUGAGCCAGGGGUUGUUGUUAAUGAGAUAAAGAGCUUUCAAGAUGCACGCUACAUAUCGCCCCCAGAGGCUAUGUGGCGCAUUUUUUCCUUCUCUCUUUCUCAAAUCUCUCCUUCUGUUUUAGCCUUACAACUUCAUCUCCCAAAUAAUCAGAUGGUUAGAUUUAGAGAUGAUGACUUAAUGUCUAAUAUUGUUGAUAGGGAAAGGGAUAAGAGAACCAUGCUAACAGCAUUUUUUGAGAGAAAUAGAAUCGAUGAAACAGCAUGGGUAUAUUUGUAUAAAGAUUUUCCAAAACACUUUACGUGGAAUGGAAGCACACGCCGUUGGAAUCCUCGUGGCCGUAAAAACCAAAGAGGUCGUAUCGUUUCCGCUAAUCCAGCCGAAGGAGAAAGGUACUACUUACGCCUACUUUUGUCAAAUGUCAGAGGGCCUACUUCUUUUGAACAUCUAUGCACAGUUAAUGGUCAACGGUGUGAGACAUUUCGAAAAGCAGCUCUUGAGUUAGGCUUAAUAGAAGACGAUGAAUAUCUAUCACAAUGUCUCGAAGAAGCCUCUACGUUUCAGUUUCCUAAUGCUCUUCGAAGGUUAUUUGCGACCAUAAUGAUUUUUUGCCAACCUGGAGAUAUUCGAAAGUUAUGGAAUGACCAGUUUGAAUCACUGUCUGAAGAUCAUCGGUUACACUGUCAAAGUAUAGAACGAGUUCAAAAUAUGGUUCUUACUGAAAUUAGUGUCUUGCUACAAUCCAUGGGUAAAAAUAUCAAUGAAUUCGACCUUCCUAAGAUAACAGACGACUUUAACUUACAAGAUGCAGGUUAUCGUGAGUUACAAGAAGAGUAUGGGAUUGUUUUGGAACCUGAACACUUGAGUGCCAAAGAUUCACUUAAUCCGGACCAGAAAAACGUGUUUGAUGAGAUCAUGAUGCAUCUUGAUAAUGAUCUUCCAGGCGUGUUCUUUAUUGAUGGCCUAGGUGGAACUGGAAAAACAUUUUUGUACAUUGCCUUGCUUACUGAAAUUCGAUCACGUGGUCUUAUUGCUCUCGCAACAGCUUCAUCAGGUGCAGCGGCUAAUAAUAUGCCAGGAGGUAGAACGGCUCACUCAAGAUUCAAGAUUCCUCUUAAUCUUGAAAAUAAUUCAAUGUGCAAUAUCAAAAAAUAG